AUGGCGCGCGUGUUAGCGAUAUUGUUUGUUGUGUUGUUAUGGUGUGUUUUGUCUCUGAGUAUUAACUAUGAGAUGACCUAUGUCGAUCCCCAAGGUUGCACGGAUAAAAAUAAGUACUUUCAGUACUCGUCGCUGAGUUGUGAAGAUUGUGGCUCUGGCCAGAAGCCAAGUCAGGAUUUCAUAUCUUGCACCUGCAAGAGUGGUUACAAGAUUGUGUUAAAUAAUGGUGGUCCAAGUAAGGACAUUAAAUGCUUCAAUUGCGGUGGCUCUUUAAACGAGACAAGUUCCCUUGAUGGAAGUUUUUGCAUCAGAUGUCAAAACAAUUCGACGGGUGGUUUUAUUGGGAAUACAGGCACUUGUAUUUGCCCUGAAAACUCUUUUGCCAGAGAUCGUGGUGCAAAUGGAGUGAGGUUGUCUACGAGGCAAUGCGUAACAUGUACAGAAGAUACAAAACUGAGCGGAGCGGAGGAAAAAACUUGUAGACGCUACCAUUCUAGCUUUUUGCUGGAUAAUAAUGAUAAUAAUGCGACAGUUCGUCAGGAGUGCGUUAACGGCGAGAAAAACUCAGGUUUCACAGUUGUGGGUGGUAUAUGUUUCCAGGACUCAGAUCUGAUCGAAGAGAAGAACAACUUAUACAAAGUAACAUAUGUAGACGAGGAUAAUCCAAUCGAGUCGUCUUAUUAUGAGAGAAAUCUACGUGCUGCUGAAGCUCUUUGUAAGAAAUACUCAAACUUUACAGCGUGUCAGCUAUUUGGAAACCUCUGUGUUUUGCACGAUUACACUGGUGAAGUUUGCGACCGAUACGAGACACUUGUCGAUACUCCUGUCGGUAACCCUGUUAAUGGUAAUUCCGAUUGGCCUGCAUAUAUGCCUUGGCUUUUCUACAAUAAAAAAAAUGCUGGUGAGGCUCCAGAUAUCCUAGACAAAAAAGAGAUAACAAAAACAUUUGAACGAAAUGAAGAUAUUAAAUUUCUCCUUGUGGUUUACACACUGAAUGGAUUCUUUGUUGGUUAUGAAAACGGCUUAGAUUCUAUACAGAUCUGCAAAGAGAGACCCUCAAAAAUGGCUUCAGCAUCAAAAUUUGCCACAACUUACAAGUCAUCAUGUUCAGUUCCAGUUAAUGAUCUGAAAAACAUGUCAAUGUUUCUGUAUGACAUGUUUAUUGUCCUUGGUGACAAGAUUUACCCUGUGCCAGUACUCAUGGAAAAUUAUGUAAGUGGCAAUGAAAAAGUGAAUGAGAACAGUGACAGAACCAAAUGGCAACUGACAAGGAGGUUCUUUGUUGUCGAUAAUAAGAUUGGGAUUCGACCUGAAUCCAAAGAACUAGAGUUCAUCCGUUAUUCCUCAAAGAUAGAGGUGAACAUUAGGCUGCGAUCGUCUAAUGGAGAAAUAUAUCCCCCCAUGUUGAGAAUAAGAUACGAACCAUUAGAGGUAAAAGAUAAAGCCAAAAGCAGCAUAGAAAUGUCAUUUGCAGUCACUUAUGAAAUGGAUUUGACAAAAAUUAAGAAGGAUACUGAGAUAGCUAUUGGAUGCCUGUCUGCCUUAGCUGCCAUUUUGGCCUUCAUCAAAGUCUCAGCAUGGAGGAGACGACAGGGCCGCAUUGAAGUUGAUGCAGCCUCCUUCUUGAAGUUUAUCCUGUUUUGUUUCAGUACAUUCUCCACCAUGUUGUUUUGGGUUGCCUUUGGGUUGUCAAUGUCAUUUCUAAUUUUUUUCAAACGACAAAAGACAGUGUCUCAACUUCUGCCCACACAAAGUCAGGAGGGUUUGUUCCUCAAAGUUGUGGUGGUUGUCAUUGUGUUCAAAAUUAUUGAUGUGCUUCAUAUGCUGUGGUCACAAAUCUCAUUUGAAAUUUUUUUUAUUGACUGGGAACGACCACAGGGGAGAGUCAACCAGCCUACUCAGGGAGGUGAGGGAGGGGGCUUGGAUGCCCCUGUCAGCAUUUGGAGAACUCUAUUCAUCGCAAAUGAGUGGAAUGAAAUCCAAACCAUUCGCAAAAUCAACCCAGAGUUACAGAUUUUUGUCGUGCUGUUUUUCCUGAAGGUUUUUGGAUUUGAGUAUUUGGCAACAACAGACCCACAGAGUAACUUCUCGGCAGACUACACAACUGAAUAUGUUGGAGAGUUCAGCAAAGUGUUACGAUUCGCAGUUUUGUCAAUGUUGUUCCUAGCUGUGGAGGCUGUCCAGUGGUUCUUCUUUGCAUUCAUCUAUGAGCGAUUCUUUGGAGAUUCUCUUGGUGACUUUAUCGACCUGUGCUCAAUGAGUAAUGUGAGCAUCUUUGUCCUAGAGAAUACUCGGUAUGGUUACUACAUUCAUGGUCGCUCUGUUCAUGGCCGCGCAGACACAAACAUGUGGCAGAUGAACGAACAGCUGAAGAGAGAAGAAGAUGACUUGUGCGGGAGAAGAGGCUUGGAACCCAACACAGAGCGGCAGACAUUUGAAAUGGAGGUACCAGCAAAGUUCCGUGAACAGUAUGAAGAAAUUAUCCGACCACUUCGUGACGGAAAUGUUCAGCAGCAGAGGAGAAACAUGCCUAAUACUCCCAUGGGUCAAGAUGGUCGCCCAAGUCGCCUCCCUGUGGCAGUGGAGAAGCGCUUGCAAGCCUACAACACGCUAAACCGCUUUCUCUCUGCUUUCAUCGAUCACUCACUGAAGGAUCUUGAUUACCUGGUAAGGGACAAGCUCCUUUUUGAAAGGAUCUUAAACAUGGAGUUAAAAGAAGUCCCUCCUCCAGACAAGGCUAUUUUUUACAACGACGAUGGCAGAUCGUUUAACUCAAUUCUUUUCUAUGGCAAUGAGUGGACACUGAUGUUCUUCGACUUGUUGGUGUUCGCCGCCAUGGAUUUGAUAUACCCGAAUUUUGUUUUUGCUGGGGUAAUGGCCUAUCUUUUCAGUAAAGGCUUAACAAUUGCCAGAAAUACAUUCGGGAGGAAAAAUCUGACAAGAAAGACACUUGUAGAUGAAAGGUUUCUGAUUUAGUGUGACUAAGUUUCGUAAAACACUGAAACCAAAGCAUCGACAUCGGCAGAUGCGAGCAGAGGUAGCAUCGCAAAGCGAUGAAAAUUAGAAUAGAACGUAAAUUGUCGAAUAAGAGAAUAAGCAAAUCGUGAUCGCUUUUAGAGCGCUUUUCGAUUGAGUGUCUUAAAAAUAAAACACAACGACUAAACAGAAGACAGGAAAAAUGCCUCCAACAGCCAUUAAGAGCUCUAAGUUGUUUAACCGCCCAAAGCGCGAGAAAACGCGGGCGUCAAGUUAGUCUUUAUUGCUUUUAGUUUUGCAUCGAAUUGGUUGAUAACGUAGCGCGAUUUUUCCUGACCAAUCACGAGCGAACUAAAACAGAACUAAAAUAAUUCUGGAUUACUCUAUACACUCAGUUGAAAAUUAGCCUUGUUUGGAACUUAAUUCGAUUGCUUGCCAGUGUUGAGAUUGUGAGUUGAACAAUUUUGCGAGAAUUGUUGUAUUUUUCUAACACGCAAACCCGUUUCAAAGAAGGAAGCAAAUUUACCACGCAGAUGUAGAGGAAGGUUACUCUCGGGAAGGUUCAAUCGAAGCUGUCGAUCUAUCUAGCCAUAGUAUAGAAGAUUUCUUGACCACUGACAGAGCAAUUGAAAUCCACUAAGAUAGUUUUAAACGUAACGAAAAAAAGGAAUAGUUUUUAGUCUGAGUCGUCCUUGGCCUUCUUUCAUGGUAUGCUUGCUUAGUAUUGCUAGUCGUUGAAAGAAGUUUUUUAUAUUUUGAAAUGCUGUUGAAAACACGUCAAACGAAUUCAGUUAAUCGUUUACUUAUAUCAGCAUGCAUAUUGUCCCUACUGUUCUAUACACUUUUCUUAAGUUGCUGACUAGAAGUU